AUGGGAAGUUGUUGUACAGGAUAAUAAGCAUGGUGUGGUGAUCAAAAAACACAAGUAAAUUUAGGAGCAGGUCAAUCACAAGAUCCAGAUAAAAAAGUGGAUGAGCAGUUGGAUGAAAAUUUAGUUAAGGAAAAGGCUACAAAAAUAUAAGCACAUAUAAGAGGUCACAAGGCGAGAGAAGAGGUUAAGAAAAUAAAAGAAACCCAAAAGAGUUCAGAACAAGUUUCAGAUAAGUGCAUUAAAUAAAGUCUUGAACCUAAAAGAAUGGAAAACCAUCAAUAAUAGGAAGAAAAGGCAUCUGUAACAGCAAAAGAAGGUGCCUAUACAAAGGGUCCAGAGUAAGGUGCUGGUGCCAAUUAGCAUGCUCCAAAUGAUAGAGUAAGAAAAAUUGAAAGGGUACCUGACUUUUUGACAGAUCGAACUAGACAAGUUUUGGAGAAAUUGGAUGAGUUUGUUUACGAUUAAGAUUAAGAGGAAUACAAAGAUUUACCACAAUUGGGUCCUUAUGAAUUUGAGAACGGGAGUGUUUAUAUUGGUUAAUGGAAGAACGGAUAGAGGCAUGGCAGAGGAAAACAAAUUUGGCAGGAUGGUUCAUUGUAUGAAGGCUAUUGGUACUAAAAUGUAGCAUGUGGCAAAGGCAGAUUAAUUCAUUCUGAUGGUGAUAUUUAUGAAGGAGAAUGGAGAAAUGACAAGGCUCAUGGUUAAGGAAAAUAUGUUCAUAUGGAUGGGGCUUAGUAUAUUGGCCAAUGGGAAGAUGAUAGAUAGAACGGGGAAGGAUAAGAAAUUUGGCCAGAUGGUGCUAGUUAUUAAGGAUAAUAUAAGAAUGGAAAGAAGGAUGGUAGGGGUACAUUUAAAUGGGCUGAUGGCUCUAUUUAUGUUGGAGACUUCUAUUAAAAUAAUAUUUAAGGACAAGGAGAAUAUAGUUGGGAAGACGGUAGAAAAUACGUUGGAGAAUGGAAAAAUAAUAAAAUGGAUGGCAAAGGAGUUUUUACUUGGCUGGAUGGCAGAAGAUAUGAAGGUUAAUAUAAGGAUGAUAAAAAACAUGGUUACGGAGAAUUUAAAUGGCCUGAUGGCAGAGUCUAUAAAGGAGACUGGUCAAAUGGCAAAUAGCAUGGCAGAGGAAUCUACAUAGGUUCAUCAAAGGUGGAAAAGGAAGGAGAAUGGUAAGACGGUAAAAGAGUAAGGUGGAUUAGAAGAGGAGGCUAACCAAUAGAAGAGGGAAAUUGA